AUGGGGAAUAUUCACCCAUCGCUGGCCAGUCUGGAUCAGCUGCAGGUGCUGCGGCUGGACAGGAAUUGGUUCAAUGGUUCUCUGCCCAAGGAGUUUGCAUAUGGAUUUCCAAACCUGGUAGAGAUGCGGCUGGACUUCAACAGCCUCACGGGAAGCAUCCCCGCAGAAUGGGGCAAUGCUGGUGCAUUUCCUAGCCUGCUGCGCGCGCACAUUGGCGGCAACCAGCUGAAAGGGAGUCUGCCGGAAAUGCAAUCUGGCGCCAUGGCCGAAUUGGAGGUGCUCGGGAUGCAGUGGAACAUGCUGCAGGGGAAGGUGCCCUCAUCAUGGGCGAACCUGAGCUCUCUCAGGGCUCUCUGGGUGCGGCCAGGGAACUACCAGUUGUGUGGGUCGCCGCCGCCACUGGCCGCAUUCCACCUCUGUAAAGAGGUGGACGCCCAAUGCGAGAUCACAAGCAGUCUGGGGAAGAUCUGCUCGCUGGAGGUCCCAGUGAACCCAGCCCUGCUGCCACCGCCCACAGCAACUGCAACUGUUCUGGAGGCUGUGCUGCGAAUUGAGGGAGCCAACAUCUUUCCCUUCACCGCAAACAACCUGAACAUAUUUGUCUCGGCUCUUGUGGACUUGUUGCCCAACAUCACAGCCAGCGACAUUGUUAUCGGACAGGUGCUGCCCAUAGUGUGGGCAGGGCCGGUCAAUGCCAGCUCAAGCGGGCGGCAGCUAGCAACGCCGAUGCCCUGGCCGGUACCCAAUCUGCAGCACGUGCAACCGGGGCCACAGGUCUCGAUGCAGAACUGGGUCCUGGACGCAGUCUUCGACCCGGUCACCGUGAUUGAGGGCGGCCGGCGGCGGCUGACGGGCGCGUGGCCGCGCGGGGGCGCUGCCUCUCUGGGGCGGCGCCUGCUGCAGGGGCCCGCCGUUAACAAUGUUCCCACGCUGCCUCCCGGCCUGCAGGGCGCCGUCUUCCGGCCCAGGCCCGGGUUCUCAAAUGCGGCAGCUCCGAGGGCGGCCGCGAAGGCGGCCGUGCCCGCGGUGGCACCGGAGGCGGUGGAUUCACAGGAAACUGCCGAGGCGCUGCCGUUCGGCUCGGACCGGCCAUAUGGGACGCCCGUUCCCGGCGGCAUCCUCAUUGGUGCUGACGUCCCCACGAUCACCAAUGGAAACGUUAGCGAGGCCGAGGCGAUGGUGGCGCGCGUGGCGUCGUCUCGGUCGCUCGUGCAGCGCCUGCAGGCGGGCGGCUUGGCGGUCGUGCAUGUCAUGCUGGUGUCCUGCGAGCCGCUGGACCCCUCUGCGCUGCCUGUGCGGCUUCGGCCCCAGAUCAUCAACUUCACGCUUCCUGGGCAAGGCAAGCGCCCCCAUUCAGACUCGACGGCGCCGGCCCAGCAGCACUUCCCGCAGGGCCUCAUUGUGGGCAUUGUGCUGGCCGUGGUUGGAAUUCUUCUGGCUGUCUUUGCCAUUGCCACCCUCAUCGUGCACAGGCGCGUCCCCUCCACCCACUGUCUCAGGCCGAAGUGGCGCAAGCAGCGGCUACACCCGAGCGCGUCGCCGAUGUCGACGCUGGCGACUGCGCAGAGCACGGAGGCGCUGAAGGCGGCGGGGUCGCAGGCGCUGGAGGUGCGGCUGUCAUCCAACACGGGCACCAGCAUCGGCACGCCCGGCCGCCUGCGCACGCUCGCCUCCGACAUGGAGUCCUCCGGCGGCCAGCUGCUUGGCCCACCCUCCGACCACAGCCUCUCUGACACCGGCACGCAGGUGAGCGAUGCGACGCUGGUGGCGCGGCUGGGCAACGAGGGGCUGCCAGCUGCGGCUGCCCGGGCGGGCAGCGGGCAGGUGGAAGAGCGUCAGGCGGCAGGCCUGCAUGCGUCGACGUCGGAUCGGGGGCAGGGCCUGACGGAGUGGGCGGGCACCGGGCAGGGCCUGGGCAGCUUGGGCAAGCAGGGCAGCAGCAUUGAGCUGCCCGCGCUGCCCUGGUCGGACUGGGAGAUUUCCGCGGAGCAGAUCACCAUCUGCAAGCGCGAGGACGGCUCCGACUGGGAGCUGGGCGCCGGCGCCUUUGGCAAGGUGUUCAAGGCGCUGAGGGGGGGCGUGCAGGUGGUGGCGGUGAAGGUGCUGCACGAUGCAGAGGUGGGCGGCGUCAACUUCACGCGCGAAAUCGCCAUCCUCAAGGGCUGCCGCCACUCAAACAUUGUCCAGUUCCAGGGGGCGUGCGUCAGCGGCAGCCGCACGAUGCUGGUGAUGGAGUAUGUGGAGGGGGGCGACCUCUGGCGAGCGCUGCAGCGGGAGGGCAGCCGCGUGCGCAGCUGGGCGCAGCAGGGAAAGCGGGUGGCCCUCGACAUUGCGCGCGGCCUCUGCUUCCUGCACGCCCACUCCAUUGUCUUGUUCGACCUGAAGUCGCACAACGUACUGCUCACGCGCGAUGGGACGGCAAAGAUCGCCGAUGUGGGCCUGGCAAAGGUCCUCACACAGGGGUAUGUAAGCAAGCUGGAGGAGGUGGCUGGCACAUUUGCGUGGGCAGCUCCGGAGCUGCUGAUGGGCGGGCGCUGCUCGGACAAGGUGGACAUGUUCUCCUUCGGCGUCGUCCUCUGGGAGCUUGCCACCUGCGAGCGGCCCCAGCGCGGCCAGCUACGUGAUGUCAGGGUGCCGGAGGAGGUGCCGGAGGAGGUGGCGCAGCUGAUCAACGAGUGCCUCAGCUACGACCCAAAGCUGCGCCCGAGCGCCAAGCAGAUCUACGACCGGCUACAGGCAUCCGCCCUGCCGCGGCCGCAGCCGCCGCCGCCAGCCGUCCCCGGCACACCAUUUGCCGCGGCGGCACGAGCCCCGGACGAGCAGGAUUCCCCCCUGCCCGGCGGCGACGGUGCUAAGGAAGUGCGCACAGAGCCGCUGCAGAGAAUGCCGACGCCUCUGGGCAGCAGGCGGCUGCCCGUGAGAUCUGCCUUCGAGACGGAUGACUGA